AUGUACACGGGCCUGCGGCUCGCCGCUGUGGCUGCACGGCCGCUGGCGCGAGCUUCAGCCUUGCGGCCGUGUCUCGUGAACCGCCACCCAGACUUGCGCCGUUUCGACCAGGCAGCUCUUCGACAAGUCAUCCCCGGCCGAUCAUGGGAGAGCACGAUUGCGGCGCCUCCGUCCGAACCCGUGGCCCCGGCCGCCGAGAAUGCCACGGAGAAUAUAAUCUCAGAGGAAAAGGACACUGGCCACUUCGAGGUCAAGGACAAUGAAGCCAUCCUCUUCUUCGACAGAACUGACUGGGACAAGGCGCUGACUCGCGACGUAGACAUUUUUCCCCUCAAGAUUAUCAAUGUGCUGCGCAGAAACGAGAGCGACAGCGAGCUGGCAGAUUUGAUGCGCCGCUUUGAUAGCUCGAGACUCGGCAUUAUGGAUCCCAUUCGUUUGGUCAAAAUGGCCAUCCCGGAGGAUAUGCCCAUAAAAGUCACCGAAAUUCUACCACGCUUCAAGGACGGUGGCGCCUUCGUCAAGUUUCGAUACAGCGCCGAACUGGACCCGGCCGAUAUUGAAUCAACAUUGAAGAAGAGGCUGAAGGAGAACCCCCUAAAGCCGUGGUUUAACCCGUUCCGCGGUAUUCAGGCGCGCCUAGUCAGGGGUACUCCUUGGCUGGAGGACAUGCAUCGAUAUCCGUCCGGCGUGCUUCGCGUUGAAUUUGUCCCGGCUGAAGUUGGUACGACGCCAGAAACCCUCCCCGAGGAAGUCCUGUACAGUGUCUUUCGCCGGUAUGGCAAGAUUGCCGAUAUUAUCCCGCAGUCUGCAGACUCCAAAGAAGUUCCGAAAUAUGCCAAUGUUGGCUUCCCGCUCCUGCGCGAUGCCAUCAUGGCAAGAAACUGCGCGCAUGGAUUCGUCAUCCCAAAAUCCCAAGGCGGCGGAGCGGCCGGGACGAUGCUCCGUAUUACCUACGUAAAACGGGUAAAGGGUCACAAUAUCUGGAAUUGGAUAACAAGCCAUCCACGCAUUGUUUUCCCGAUCAUCGCCGCUCUUCUUGCCGGCUUGUCUGUCAUCAUUUUCGACCCUAUUCGACAGUUCUUUAUCCGCCUACAUAUCCAACACUCUUUCAACUUUAGCGAGUCAAGAUUAUACAAGUGGUUCCAGAGCCACCGACAGUCAUUUUCCUUAGGGAAACGUCGCGAGCAGUGGGAGAGCUUGGGCGGCGCGAUAUGGAACCAUCGUCUGGAUGUCAUCAGCCAGCUACGAGAGUGGCUCGAUGUGACGUCAGACAACUUCAUCGUCGUUACUGGGCCAAGAGGUUCUGGCAAGGUUGAAGUUGUCAUGAAUAAGGCGCUCGAAAAUCGCCGAGACGUCCUGCUGCUUGACUGCAAGCCCAUUGUUGAAGCACGCGGUGAGUCCGCUAUGAUCGGAAGGCUUGCUUCUGCCGUUGGCUACAGGCCCGUGUUCUCUUGGGCCAAUAGCCUGAGCAGCCUGAUUGAUCUCGCUGUUCAAGGCACCACUGGUGUCAAGGCAGGCUUUUCCGAGACGCUUGAGUCACAGCUCACCAAAAUUUUGUACACCACCGCAAGCGCGCUGAGGGACGUAGCAUUGUCUGGUCGGUCGAAUAAGGAAAGAGACGGCAAUACCUCGGAGGAUGCGUGGCUCGAAGCUCACCCGGAGCGUAGACCCGUCAUUGUCAUUGACAACUUCCUGCACAAGAGUGACGAGCAGGGUAUUGUCUACGACAAAAUAUCUGAGUGGGCAGCGUCGCUGGUACAGAAUCAUGCCGCGCAAGUCAUCUUCUUGACCAGCGAAAACGCCUACUCCAAGCCACUGACCAGAGCUCUACCCGACCGCGUCUUCCGCGUCGUCUCCCUAGGGGACCUCGACCACGGCGUAGCCAAGAAAUACAUCCUGGGCCGCCUUCAAAACGACCGUGAGGCUGCAGAGGAGCGAAAGGCGAAGGAGGAGAGCGGCAACAAGCCAAACGGCACCCCCAACCUUAGCGGUCUAGACUUGGCUAUUGAAACCCUGGGUGGCCGCCUGGUGGAUCUCGAGUCCCUCGCCCGCCGCAUUCAGGCCGGCAUGAGCCCAAGCGACGCGACCGACGAAAUAGUCACGGAGAGUGCCGUCGACACUGUCAAGAUGUUCCUCCUGAGCAAAGGCAGCGACGCCGCCGAGAAGAAGUGGUCGACUGCGCAGGUCUGGCACCUCGUCAAGGCCCUUGCCAAGGACUCGUCUCUCCUCUACAACCAGGUCCUCCUGUCCCCGACGUUUUCCUCAUCGAUGAGCCCGGCCGCCGGUGACGGCGAGGCAGCACUCGAGUCGCUCGCGGCCGCCGAGCUCAUUUCCGUGCGCGCGGACCGCGGCCACCCGCGCCUCAUCACGGCUGGCAAGCCGCUGCAGCAGGCCGCAUUUGCGCGACUAGUCAGGGACCGUGUGCUCGUGGCCAAGAUGGACCUGGCGCAGCAAAACGAGCUCGCCAAGAUUGAGGCCAAGAAGAUUGCCGCGGCGGAGAAUGAACUGGUGCUGCUCGGCAGCCUCCCGCGCCAGACGAGCGAGUCGGCGGGCCGCGUGCACUAUCUACUGGUGCAGAUUGAUACGGCGCAGCGCAAGAUUGAGGACUUGGACAAGAACAUGGCGGCGUUUCGGGACGGGGAAAUGGCCGCUGGAGGGCCGUCUUUUAAGACCCGAAGAGAAUAUAGGUAA